UCACUGCAUAAUAACCCUGACGUCGUCGUGUUACAACAGAUACGAAUAAGAGGUCUCGGUUUCUGGUCUUCGUGAUACAGUUCAACAUGUUACCCUAUAGACAAAGUAUGGACGGACACUAUAGACAAAGUAUGGACGGACACUAUAGACAAAGUAUGGACGGACACUAUAGACAAAGGAUGGACGGACACUAUAGACAAAGUAUGGACGGACACUAUAGACAAAGUAUGGACGGACACACUUCGAACGGACAGAGUAUGAAGGAUUCGCCAACCACACACGCUGAAAGUAAAAGAUCUCCAGUUGUGCCAGACCUCAUUGACAUAGUUGAAGAAUGGGCAAUGAAAAUGUUCAAGAUAACCAAACCAGGUGCAGAAGUUGUUCAUAUGGAUACAGUAUGGAACAAGCUUAAAUUUACUUCCUCUGGCGUUCAUUUUGAGAACGAGGAAUUUGAAAAAGACCCUUGCGCGCAGGAACUACUCACAACAAGCUUUGAGAAUAAUUCCGACAAGACUCAAUAUCAAGUUUUCGAGGCCAGUGAAACAUCAACUUCUACUGCUACUAAAACUCUCGAAAAGGGAUUUACUAGAGGAGAUUCGGGCGAUAUUGUUCUCACCGUUCCUGACAUGAUUCGGGCUAAAGCCUCUCAUUUCCACGAUGAGAUUGUAAUCAAUGAAGAUGGGAGAAAAACUGAACGAACGAGAAAGUGGAAGGGGAAAACAUCUUUUGAUGCAAUUGCUAGGAAGAACACAAUUGUCCAGAUGAUGAUUCUUCAAAAGGAAUACCAUUGUGAUUUCACGAUGACUGAGACUCUCCGUGGAACUGUCAUUGUUAACAUUACAGGUAAAACCUUCCAAAAUACAGUUACUAGUACUUUUCAAAGCCAAAUUGCCACCAUCCUUAAAGAUAGGCAGGAAUUGUUUCCUGAGUAUGUUACUCGCGAGUCAAACCACGUCGUUUGGCCGAUCAAAGGACAUAUUGCAUUCAGGUACGGAGUUGAAGUGAAAAUAAGGUAUUGGUAUGAAGACAUAGAGAAGGCAGUUAAGAAAAGCACCGAAGAAGCAGGUCUUGAGGAAGACAAUGAGGAAGAUGGCAGCCAAGUAGAAGAGGAUGCCCCUACGACUGUUGACGAUACCAUGAAACAGCGACCCCCUUCAUGGACAGAGAACCUACUUUUCACACGUACAAACAGGACAGCAGGAGGUGACACUGCAUCAGGGAGUGGAGAUAUUCUUCUUCCAAAUUCCCAGAAACGCCUUUCGAUUCAUAGUCUUAAUUCGAGUUUAUCACAGAGGAGCUUACUGGACCAAACUGAGCUUUUGAAUUGGGAGAUGAGGUCGGUUCUUAACAGUGAGCAAGGUGCCAUAUCUCACGAAGCGUCUUCUGCGAAGCCUUCUGAAACAUAUAUGCCAUAGAUCUUGUUCUGUUCGUUAAAUGUUAAAUAUUUCAGUGUGUGAGAACGUGUGAGAAGAUUGUAGACGCCCUGGUUGUUUAGGGGCAGACAAACCAAGAUCACAAAACGGAGGAUCUAGGACUUGAAACAGCACACCGUUUGCAUACUGCGAUCAGUUUAUUUGGAGAGACCAGGCAACUGGUGUAGGGAGACGUUAAUAUAUGAUUAAUUACAUUGAUAUAUUAUGGACGUAACCAAAUUAAUAGUUUUUUGCUUAGUUUGUUUGGUUUGCUUUGUUGUACAUUAAUGUGUGUAGGAAAUGUGUGUGAGGGAUUUGGUUGUUACCUUUCUUUGUGUAUAUAAAAGAAUAUUUUAGAAACAUGCCUGCGUUACAUUUGAAAAAAUGCUUUGAUUUUUGUAAACUCUUUAAAUAUCAUCUACUUACAUGUUUCUACAUCCUGAAAAUCAAUUUUGGACACAAUUAUGUUCCAUUUUCAUCAUUUCCAUCUAUAGCUUUGCUUCACGUAUGAAGCAAACGAUGUAUUUUUCUAAAUUGUUGAAAUCUGCCCUAUACACCAGUGUAAUCAACCCUUAGUAAACAACCGCUAUUCAAUUGUGAAAAUAAAAGCAACACAAGUCACAGGUAUUAAUUAAUUGAUCCAUUUUUCACAAUAUUCUGAUACCCUUUCUCUAGUAUACAUACCCAUGAUAACAGUAAAUUGCAACAAGCACGAAAGCAUACUGACUUUUCCAGAAGAUGUGCACGAUACAUUCACUGUAAAAAGAUGUAUGUAUUUUACUGUUUCAGACAAACAGACGUAUGUAUUUGUAGCUUCAUGUUGUCGUUAAAUAUGUUGACUAGUUAAUUUCCUUACAUCCCAUGCAGUAUUUUGCUAUCCCAAUUUUCAAUAGGUCUAUUUAUUCGACAUGAUGAAGCAAAUUUUAUUUUUAUGUGUUUAUAAUCAACUAUUUCAUCAUGACAAUGCAAAUUUAACCCCAAAGCAUUCCACAUAGAUAUGUCUAACUGGUGCUUAUAUAUGUUACGUUUAUGUUGUAUUGAUAAUGACUGCUCAAAAGUCACGCACGUGAAAUAAAAUAUACAUGCAAUAUUAUAC